AUGGCAGUCGCUCCGAUUACUGGCAUGCUCCGCCGCCGCCUCAUAGUUGACCUUGGGGUUGGUCUCGGUGCUGGCUUCCUCAUGGCGAACGCUUUCUGGUACGGCUACCAUAUUCCCCGUACCAACGCCCGCGAUAACUACUACUCCAAGCUGGAGGAGAAGCGCCAAGCCGAGAAGCAGUAA